ACUAAACAACCCCUGCCAAAAAAAAGUAAAAAAAAAAUAAAAUAUUACAUCCCACCACCACCACCACUACAACCAUCACCACUUUUACUCUUCACGACAAAGGGAGCGUGAAGCUGUGUUGGAUGGAGAGCUCGUUCGUCGGCACGAGACCCGUGGACUCGCCGGAGACGCCGAUGAGCCUGGCGACGGAUACCGAAUGCUGUCCCGGAUGCAACGCGACCGGUAACGAGUCCUGCACCUGCAUCGACUCGGCUACUUCCGGUCUGUUCUUGGAUCUGACGCCGACACGCGACGAUAACCAGCAACAACAGCAGUUAGGCGGCGGCGGUGGAAGUCUAUGUCCAUCGCCGUCCUCGUCGCUCGGUUACCAUCAUCAUCAUCAUCACCAUCAUCAUCAUUCGUCUCAUCAUCGUCAGCUUCAUCAUCAGCAACAACAGCAACAGCAGCAGCAACAACAACAACAGCGUCAACACCGCGGUGAGUUGCUGCUCGCCUAGCGGAAAAGCAGAACACGUACAAAACGAAACAAGAACACGGUUAUAUACCCCUCGCGAAAAUUGCAGCAAACACGUUCGCCUCGGGCUUACACGAUCACAGCUGACGAAGACGAUUCGCGUUACUAUCGUGUACAACGUUGCAACUUAGAAGCUCCUUCGUUGAUCCUGGCAGAGAAGCUCGAGCAGGUGGAUAGCUCUUCAGGGUUAUUAGGAAUUCGUUGCUGAAACGAGGAUGGAAGCUUAGGAUCCAGUUUAGAGAGGGCUAAAGCUUUGUAAAGAAUUCUUAGAGAGUAAAUGAUCAUUCUUCUUGUAAGACAUAUCAGAAACGUUGUUAUCGCAGUUGAAAUUAUUCGAGAGCUUCUGGUGCCAUUCACUGGCCUGUUGAUCAUCCUCCAGCUGUAAUCCAGUGUACAUAAAGUAACGUAGCAUCUGCGGAGGGCAAGUAUACAGUGGAGAAUCUAGAAAAAUUGUGCUUCAGAAUCCAACUUGCUUGCAGUUUGUGAGUAUAAAUUGAAGAAAAUGAUGAAUAUUGACGGAUAGAGUACUUGUAUCUUCUGACUUCUAUUGGCUGAUCCAUGUGUUAAAUUCCGAAGUUGGCAGGGAGUAGCGAACGGUUUUCUUGGAAGAGUUCUCUCUGACGUGGUUUCAGAGACUCGUCUGCUCGAUUACGUCGACGAAUGAUCCUACGUGGAUCGUGUUUUGGCUCGGAUCGUUGUCGAAUUCGCAAGUCGUGAUCUCACGAUCACGCACGUGACUCCUCGGGUCGAUUGGAAAAUCACAAGCGCGAAGGAAUCUCGUUUUAUAUUUGGGAAAGUAAACGUUCUCUCGUCCUCUUGUAAAUAAUUUCCCAACGCUCAGAUGUUUUCUAUUUUUCUACGAGCCACGCGAGAAUGUUCCUGGAAGGAUUGUCGAUGGAAACCAUGUGGAAGCACCAUAUUCCCAUUCGUUUUCUCCUUUUACGCCAGCUUCUGCACUCUUUUUUACCUUGUCACGCAAUUUUUGCACACUCGGUCGCUUCCCUUUCUUGUCACUAAAGAUCAGACGACGAAAAAAUUGAAUUGUUUAUAUUUUUCUGGGUAUCGUUAAAGAUGUUGGAUAAUUAUUCGUAUAACUAUCGUGCCUGUUAAGAGUCCGGUGUUUAAUGAUAGAUAUUUUUGGAUGAAUUUUAUAGUAGAGGUAGGAUCUAGUGAUAAUUAAUUAUGCAAGUGCAAUUAUCGCGUUCGUAGCGUAAAGUCGGACGCUUGUUCGUUUCCCGAGGCUCGAUAAUGAAGCGAUUAAUAGUUCUACGAGAAGAAAUUGCAAUGUUUCUUCAACAGUUUUGUCGGGGAUGAGUAAGAGAGACAACGAACUAGCUUUAAUAUGUAAAUUGCUCAGAGAAAGUUUAUAAAUUUCUUUGAAACUAAUACUCCUAGGACCGCGCUCUAAAACUUGAAUUAUAAACCAUAUGAAGCGUAAUUUUGCUUCAUUUUUUACAUAUAUAUUUAUGUAUAAAUUAUAGUUAGAAAUAUUGUAAGGUCCUAGGGAGUCGAAUAUCGAAGGGUGCAACGCUUAUGAGAUUAAUUCUUUGAAAAAUAGAAAGCAAAAGGGAUAUCAGAUCUAUUAAAUAUUCAGCAAUGAUAAAGCUUGACAGUAUACGUGCUUCUGAGGUCAUCGACUGUACAUUAAUUUUCUUGAUUGCACUGCUACGCCCACCUGGAUUAUCUUUUCGUAUAUUUUCUCUCUUUCGUUUAUCGUUUUCGUCAGCCUGUAAAUCCGCGAACGUGUUUUUAAACAACGUGUAUUAUAUCGUUGCUCGAGGAUCCGAAUAAAAUGCCACGUUGUUCGUAACCGUGAUGAAAUUGAAACAUUACACGCCUAAAGAAACACACAGAUCAGGGUAACUCGAAGCUGGAAGUCCACCCUUUUCGUACACGUUUUGCUCUUUUGUGAAAUUCUCCGAAGUACGUCGACGAUGAAUCCAACAAUAAAAUGAAGCAAACAUUCUAAAACGUGGAGAUGUUAAUUAGAGGCAGAAUUAAUUAAAAUUUCCCAGUAAUUAAGAGAUCUCCAGCCUAACAUUGUAAAUAACUUGGAAGCUCUAAUUUCUGUAUAUUAGAUUUACAUUGACUAUGGGAAAGCGUUUACUUGGAAGCAUUAAAAGAGAAAGUAUCGUGUAAAAGUAUGUAUUAAAUUUCAAUGUACAAUUCAAAUCAUUAUAUAAGGAAAGCAGAGUCUCUUGUAACAACCAUGUGUAAAGAAAUUCGUUUAAGAAUAAUGUUUAUCGAUGCAUGCGAUAGCCUGAGGCUCGCAAUUGUAAAUCAAUGUCAUUAAUAUUAAAUUUGAAUGGAUUCUCGUCGACGUGGUCCGCGUCAUUCCACAGGCAACCCCUUCGAGCCGUUUCAUCUCGAAGAGAUGCGAUCGUGUGGACGGGUUCCCUGGCAGACUUUAUACGAGCCUCGUUCGUUUUUACGCCAAGAUUAUUCUCUUCUUUUUAUUAUUUUGUCACGCGAAUAAUUUUGUAGUUGACUUUGUUACUUUGUUACGACCGCCCCUCGUCGUUGGAAGAAAAACCACCCCCUCUUAUUGCUCCACGAAUAUACACGUCCCUUAUUCUCUCCCACCUUUUUUCUUUUUAUUUUUUUUUUCCUAUUUUGCUCUCUACACGAUUAUCAUUGUUAUACACAGAGAACUCACACGAACACAAGUGUCUAUUUUUUUUUUCUGUGGGGGGAAAUGCCCCGUGUCUCAGAUUAGUCUCUACCCCUUUACUUUUACCAGUAGCAAUUACUUUUCUUGCGUUCAUGUAUGUUUAUUGUAAAGUUGUCCAAGUUUACAUUGAUACCUAUUAGCUAGCUCGUUAUAUACAUACACAUAUAUAUAUUAUAUAUAAUUUGAUAGGUACAUAUAUGUAUACGUACGUAUGAUUCGUAUACGCCGUUCAUUAUUACUUGCAAAACGCGUUGAUAUUAUUAUUAUUAUUAUUAUUAUUAUUAAUUACCAUUAAUUAUUAUUAUGUCAUUAUUAUCGUUACUCUUUUAAUUACGAGUGCAGCGUUCGCAGAACCGUCGGUAUAAACACAGGCAAUUUAAAAAACAAAAAAUUAUUUCAUUAUUUCUUUAUGCUCCUCCUCUUUGCAUUUGUAUAUUGAUAUUUGUUUUUUUUUUUUCUUCAUCAAAUUGUAAGAAUCGCAUCCACUGUUAAUGUAUUUAGUUUGCAUUGGAUUAUAUUAUAAUUAUUCUUCUUUUUUCUCUCCUUUUUUUAAAGGAAUUUUCUCUGUUUCAAUGGUAGCGGAUGGUUCUGCGCGUCGGUGCUUUAUUAUUAUUUUUCUUUGCCUUUCUUAAGUGAUUCCGUACUUAUUGUUCGGAGAAAACGCCAACGAUUUAUCAUUUCUUUGUAGAAUUGCGUAAUUUACCCUUGACUACAAUAAAUUAUUGUCAUUACA